AAUUGUAAUUGUAAUUGUAAUCCUAUAUGUUAUUUUCAAGAAGUAACUUUGAUUAAAGAUCUUACUUCAAUAUAACCCUUGUCUCAUAUGAUUUGAUUAAGGAGUAACUCAUUACCUCUUAAUUCUCACAAGAUAGAAACCCCCCCUUUAACAUUAAAGUGAAUAAGCUUUGGAAACAACAUAAUACAAAAUAACAUAAUAACAAACUUAUUAUUCAAAAGUCCAAUAGAAUAAAAUAAUAGUAUAUGUCACUGAAGCAUAAUGAUAUCACCACUUAAAUUUCCUCGAAAACUAUUCAUACUGAAGCUUUUCAUACUAUCGGUAGUCACCUACACAAUAAUAUUUUCCUUAACAGCAUUUCUUAAUCAAAAAUCAUUCCUUCAGCGUUAUACGUCGAAGAUCAAUAGCCAAAUAAAUAUUCAUUAUGCCAAAUGGAGAAACAAUUUCCUAACGACGGAAUAUAAUCUAGAAUCUAAUCCUGAAUUUCUUCAUCAACUUCAUGAUUUAAAACAACAAGAAAUUCUCACAAAUGAUGACCUCUGGUUCUUGCGAGAAGAUUCCCAAUUAUCUAUUCCCUUGGAAUUAGAAAUUCCUCAUUACUUUGAAAGUGAAAUCUUGGUCAAACCUAUGAUACAACAUUUCGACCCCAGAUUUACUCUCGCUGUUUAUAUGAAUUAUUUAACACAGUUUGAAACCCAAGAUAAAAUAAAAUUCCAUUGGUCAGACUGGGUGGAUAUGACGAAGCUAUAUAAAUAUAUUCUCAACCCACAUAAAGGUGAAUCGGCUGACUUGUGUGAUAAAUUAUUCAACAUUUUGGCGAAAACAGAAGAGCCAGACAAGGUUCAUAAUUUCCGUGAUUAUUGUUCUGCAGAUUACGAUGGCUUUCUUGGUUUCAAAAUAAAUGAAUUUACAGGGCCCCAGACUCUAGAGAAUCGUGAAAUUUUAGGGAAAGCUUAUCUUUACUCUAGUGCUCCAUCACCGUUUAAAAUUGUAUUUUUGACAAAUGAUGAUCGUUCAAUAGAGUUUGAAGUAGACUCCCUUGAAAACGACAGAAAAAACUCAUUAUUGAGUAAUGGGUAUAUCCAUUCCAUGAUGAAAAAUGGUGGAAUUCUUCAUAAAAAGGAUAUAGUUAAUGUGGCGGACGCCUUUAAAGGCUUUAUUAAAAAUAGGUUAGAAUCUAAAAGUACUGAAUCUAAAAAAGUAAAAGAUGGAGUGUCAACACUCACUAAAAGUCAUAUAAUCAUGAAUGAAUCAGAUUUUGAUUUCACCAAAGAAGAUAUUGAUAAUGUUUUGAAGCAGGACUUUAGCGAACUUCCUCAUUUUAGUGAACAGAAUUAUUAUCGUGGGGUUGAAUUUUCUAGUUCAACCAAUGACCCACCAAAAUACUUUGGUGAAGCCAAGAUGAUUAAGGAAGUUGACGGGUUCAUGCAUGGGGAGCACUACGAUUGGAGAUUUUUCAAUGGGCUUAUUCUCGAACAUGAAGACCAAAUUCUUAGUUUACAUAGAUUAAUUAAGAAUUAUUUAAAUUUCUGUCGUACAAACGGGAUAAAAACCUGGAUAGCCCAUGGGUCUUUAUUGAGUUGGUAUUGGAAUGGAAUGGGGUUUCCAUGGGAUAAUGAUAUUGAUGUUCAAAUGCCAAUUCGUGAUUUACAUAAACUCGCAAGGCAUUUCAACCAAAGUCUUGUGGUAGAAAAUAUUGUAGGAAAAGAUGGUCAAUUUGAUGGAAUGGGAAGAUAUUUUAUAGAUGUUGGAAGUUCAAUAACCCAUAGAAAGAAUGGCAAUGGAAAUAAUAAUAUAGAUGCUCGAUUUAUUGAUGUUGAUACAGGACUCUAUAUUGAUAUUACAGGAUUAGCUCUUACAGAUGAGCCUGCGCCUAGUAGGUAUGAUAUUUUAAUUCAAAUGGACCCAAAUAAAAAAGCUGCAGUUGAAAAUUCUAAAGAGAGAAAUGAAGGAAACUUAGAUCACCUUGUUAAAAAUCAACAAUUGCAGGCUUAUAACUGUCGUAACCGUCACUUCAAUAUUUUGGAUGAAUUAUCACCCUUAGUUAAAACGAUUGUAGAAAAUCAAGUAAGUUAUGUUCCAAAGAAUUUCCUUGUCCCUUUAAACAAUGAAUAUGACGUUAAAUCAAUUAUAGAGAAGGAUUUUAAAGAAUACAUAUUUGUUAAUAAUUUAAGAAUUUGGAUGAAGACGCAAUCAAUUCUUGAUUAUUUUAAAAAAAUCGGUAGACCAUCCGAACUCAAUUUAUUCAAAGAUUUAAAUUCAAUUAAAUCGUUUAAUAAAGAAGUUCGAAAAUUGCAAUUGAAUAAACUUGAUAUUGAAGAUCAUUUAAAUUUAUUAAAGAAUAAUAAAUACUUUAAGGAAUUUUUUACUUCCAAAGAAUUCACAAAAUUUCAUGAAUUAGAACUAGAACAAUUAUCAAAAGAUCCAGUUGAUUAUAAUGUUGAUGAAUUUAUUAAAGAAGUCAAAGAGUUCACGUUGCCAGAAUUAAAUAUUGGUAAACCUCUUAAGGCGGAUUUAUUCAUGAAUAAAGUAUUUCAAGACAGUAAAACAUAUGACUAUAAUAAAAAAAUCGAUGAAGUAUUGAAACUAACUAAAGAAUAUAUCAAUGAGAUAGAAGAUUUAACGAAGAAAUCGAAACAAGAAAGAAAUAAGAAGUCGUCUGAAUAGUGAUGAACAUCUUAUAUCUGUAUAUAGAAAAUUAUGGGCGUACCAACUAAUUUGUAAUUUGUAAUUUGUAAUAGAGAAAUAAAAUUAUUUAAUAAUAAGUUAUAAUAUUUGAAUA